AUGUGCAGCUCCGUCGUAAAGCUGCGGUCCUUCGUGGCCCUCCUGCUCCUCGCCGCCGCUCUUCCGUUGAGCCUUCUCAGUGUCGUCGAGAGGGCCGCGCCCUCCGAGGACGGGCUAAUGUCUGACUUCUGGCAGUUGCAGCAGAAGUGCGGCCCACGGUGGCUGGGCGGCUCUCACGGGGCGAAGAACAGGGGCGUGACGUUGGCGCUGCAGUGGACGGGGGACUCCGGUGCGGUGACGCUUCGGAGCGCCCCCAGCUCCUACCUGGUGUGCAGUGGCGGAAGAGCCUUUUUCGUCAUCCGCGCCGCCGUCACCGCGUCGGAGCUGUGGAGGCCGCGCGUCUUGCGUGGCGACGCACUUGUUCUCGAGUCACGCGCCAACGGCCGCUACCUGCGUCUCCGCGGCGGCGCGUUGAGUUGCGACACCGAUUCGGUGAAGGAUGCAACGCGGUGGAAGCUGCGUGCGCCCAAACAACGCGCCUGCCUCUCUGCAAGCGUGUUGGCGGAGAACCAAACAUCUGCGGUGGCCUGUUGGUCGGCCAUUGAGCGGGAGAGGGGCGCGUACCCCAUGAUUCUCUUCGGCACACUGAAGCCGUUGAGGCGAGCUGCGCCGAGCAAUGCCUCGGACAUGUUCGACCCCUUUAUUAUCGCGAAGCGGACGUUGAUAAACUGGGCGCGGCUUCCCAGGGUGCAGCCUGUGGUGCUGACCGACGACGCGUUGUCACAAAAUGUCAUUCAUUCUGUGAACGUCGAGCAUGCGGGCCAGCACGGCUUCACCCCGAUCGACAUCAUCGGUGAGUUUGAGCUUCAGCAAGACUAUCGUCUGCCGACCUACCGCGGGUUGUUCCGGGCGGUGAUUGGUAGAUACCCCCUCGCAGAGGCUAUCAUGUACUCGAACAUGGACAUUCUCUAUACCUCUUCUCUGGCAAGGACGGUCGACGCCGUGCGGAGUGUCUACGAGGGGGAGAGGCCUAAGAACCCGUCACGGCGAGGGUGGUUCGUCGUGGGACGCCGCAUCAACGUGAAUGUUCCAGCAGACUGGUCCAUGGAAGGGCGGGUCUGGGAGCCAAGAAUGGAGCACGGGCUCAAGCCGUCUGGAGACAUGUUCGGCCCGGACGCAGAGGAUUACUUUAUCGUGCAUCCGAAGCUCUUUAACUGGGGCGAGCUGCCCCCUUUCAUUGUGGGGGGCAUCGUGUUUGACAACUGGCUGACCUCGCAGGCGGUGCGUCUGCACCUGGCGGGCCAGGCGCUGGCAGUCGACGCCACCAGGACCCUGACGGCGAUCCACCAGAAUCACGGGAAGGACGUCUUUGCGAGUGCGCUGAAGCCAAAGUCUGCCUUCAACCUGGCGCUGAUGAAAGCCAACGGCGGAAUGCCCCACCGUCUCACCACGAGCUGCCCCCGUUACACGCGGGAGGAGAGCCUUUGGAGGUCCAUGGUGGUCGCACGCAGGAAGGUGCCCCGACCCGAGAAGGUGUUGCCCAACUACGCGACAACCAUGGCCAACGCCGCGACCGGCGCCUCCCCCAAGUAG